AUUGAUGUUCCUUGGGAUAAACGAGAGAGUAAGUUAGAACGAGCGGCAUUGAUGAAGAAACUCGAUGAUGACUUGGAGCUGUUUAUGGAGGAAAUGGCUGCGAAGAAGGUGUCCAAGAAACCGUUCGAUUUCAAUGAGUGGUGUAGUGAUAUUGAACAACACCCUGCUUUCAUGAAGGAUCUCGAAACUGGGCUAACGGGAAAGUACGCAGAGACAAUAAGUGCUCUUCAGGCAAUGAAAUAUGACGAAGAUGUGGACGAGGAUAAGCAGAUGAAUGCAGAGCGGCAUAGACAGGAAGGAAAUAAACACUUCAAGCUGAAGAAGUAUCGUUGGGCAACUGAUUGUUAUACUGAAGGUAUAAAGCAGAAGUGUUUGGACCGUAAGCUAAAUUCAAUUCUCUACAGUAAUCGGGCAGCAGCGCAAAAAUAUAUCGGGAAUCUUCGAUGCGCUGUAAAAGACAGUGCGAUGGCUCUGCGAUUUGACCCUACGAAUUUAAAGGUUCGAGGUGCGGAAUGUCUUUUGAAGCUUGGCCAUGCCAAUGAUUGUGUUGACUGGAUUGAGCUGGCAGUGAGAGACUUCGCAUCUAGCAAAGAAAUCUAUGAAGAAGGUAGACUAGAUGACGCUGAACGGAACCAGAUUGUGUCAUUAGAAAACAUUAAGGGAAAAGCAAUGGAAAUGGCAUUGACUGUGGAAAGAAACGAAAGAAAAGCUCGAUUCGAGGAGAAGAAAGAUAUUGAGGCUAAAAGUCGCCUCCUAAAAGCACUUGCUGAACGUAGACUGAAUUUUCGCCCUCGUCUCCCUUUCGAUCGACCUGAGUUGAUGGAUUGGUCUCUUUUAGAAGUUAACCUUCCACAAGCGUCUGAGCAUUACCGUGUUUCCUUCAAUGACGAUGGCAACCUACAGUGGCCUUUCUUGAUUCAGUAUCCACAGGUUGGUCAAGUCGAUGUGUUAACCGAUUGCGAUGAAACGUCACAGGUUGGUUCAGUCAUGCGACCAAUGCUUGAAACACCAGCCGAGUGGGAUAUAGAUCACAUGUUCAGGAUAGACAAUAUCCGCAUGUUUGCAUCAGACGAGUGGAACGAGUUUGUUAUGGAGGUUUGGGAGUGGUCUACAUUUGGAUCUGUAUUGUCUUUGCCAGGAUUUCAAAUUGUGCAAGGACUGCCUGUUAUAAUGGUAGUGUCUUCACUUAAGUACUCUUUAACAGAAUCUGCCAGAUCUGAAAAUUACUAUGUGAAUGUAGAAAAACAGCACAAAAAGACCUUUUAUUUUGUGACUGUGUGGAAAUAUUUGCUACUAAAGGAUAAAAAAUAA